AUGACGCCGAGUUUAUCAGGAUCCGUAAUAAGGCUGGCGAUAGGGAGAGAAGGUUUAAUUCACAUGUCUUCUUUUGACGAAGAUGUUUGUUUGUUUACGGGGCAGCACAAGGCAUGCAGUGCAGCCAGCAGCAAAGCAACGGGCGUGCAGCAGCAGCAGCAGCAGCAGCAGCAGGAGCAGCAGCUGCAGCAGCAGCUGCAGCAGCUACAGGAUGUUGAUGCUGAAGCACAUCAGCUGCUACGCUGGGCCUCCUCGCCAGCAGCCACCAUCAGCAGCAGCAACAGAAUCAGCAACUGCAGCAAGAAUAGCUUAAAUCCGCGCAGCAGCAACAGGAGCAGCAGCAGCAGCAAACUCCUCCUGCACAGAGACAGGUCUGCUGCGGCACUUGCUGCCAGUAUUAAGUGGGCACCCACAGCGGAGACACAGCAGCAGCAGCAGCAACAGAAGCAGCAACAGCAGCAGCAACCAGCUCGCAACGGCAAAGUUAGUGCAGCAGACGCCCUUGCAGCAGCAGCAGCAGCAAUGAACAGAUCAGCUGCAGAAAGUGCAGCAGCAGCAACAACAGCAGCAGGUGAAGUAUCAAUCGCUGCAGAAGAGACACCCGCACCAGCUGCAGCACCAACGCCAGCACCAGCAGCAGCAGCAGCAGCAGCAGCAGCAGCAGCAGCAGCAGCAGCAGAGGAGGGGGUGUAUGCGUGCCCUUCCCCUCCCUGUCUGAGGCCUCAGCCUUCUCCCGAUUUGCCGGUCGAAGCAGAUUUUAAUUUGCUGCCGAGGUUGAAGUAUACUUGGGAUGAAGCAGCAGAAACAGGUGUUUGCUGCUGCUGCUUCCAAGACACCCGGACUGCUGCUGCUGCUGCUGCAGCUGCGGCUGCUGCUGCUGCUGCGGCUGGCAGCAGGCGACAGAGCCGCUGUAGCGGACUCCUCGAACAACUUGCAGACGCAAUGCAGCGUCUCGACAGGUGA